UCCAACAACUUUGUCCUUUCCCAUUUCCCCCCCUCACCACUUCUCUCUCUGAUCGCCGCCUACCGUUUCUGUUUUCGAAUUCGAAGCAUCCAUGGCCGCCUCCGCCGAAGACCAGCAACCGGAAUCUGUGCCGGAUUAUCCUCAGAUGAUCGUGGCUGCGAUUGAGGAGUUGAAUGAGAAGGAUGGAUCUAGCGAAGACGACAUUUCGAGGCACAUAGAGACCGCAAACGGCGGCGUUCCUCCGUCUCACCACGCGCUGCUUAUUCACAGCCUCGAAACGAUGAUACAGAGCGGCCAGCUUGUUUUGGUGAAGAAUAACUACAUGAAGGCCGACGCAAAUGCUCCGCCGCGCCGAGGUCGCGGCCGUCCCGCAAAGCCUAAGACGGCCUCACCUACUGAAGCACAGGUUUCAGGUCCGCCCCGUCAGCGUGGCCGCCCUCCUAAGCCCCGUGACCCUCUAGCUCCGGAGAGUUCUUCUAUGAAAAAGGCAUCUGCUUCUAUUCCUGGCCGGAAACGAGGAAGGCCGCCUAAGGUAACCCCCACUGCUGCUGCUGCUGCACCGCCGGCAGUGAGCGGUGCUCCGGUUGCUCCCCGAGGGAGAGGGAGGCCGCCGAAGGUGAACCCGGCCUUGGCUGCAACAGUUGGAGCAUAAUAAUGAUACUUGUUGAAUUAAAAGUAGCUUUAGUGAUCAGCUCUUAUUAUUCUGUCUUUUUUUGCAUUUAGUCCUUGUGCUUUUGUUUAAUUUAAAUGUCGUACCCUGUUAACUUUGUUAAGUAGAUAUCCAUGUAUGUAUAUGUCUGGAUGAGGCAAACUGAGUCAGCGGCUUUAUAGGCCAUUGUUGGUUAUCACUGCUCUAUGUGUUCCUUAUUUUGUUCUGCUCUUUCCCGUUUUGGUGAGUGAUAAUGAGAAUGGAAAUUGAUGUUGUGUGCUCUCGUUUAGAUAGAAUAUAUUUAGAUAGAAUACAUAUAAGGCUUUUUAUAUGUAUAUGCUUUAUUAUGGGCUCCGAGAUAGAAUAUAUUUAGAUAGAAUACAUAUAAGGGUUUUUAUAUAUAAGGGUUUUUAUACGUAUAUGCUGUAUUAUGGGCCUAUUGACCCGUACUUGUAAAUGCUAGUAUAUCCUACGCUCAAUUCUACUUACAACAUUUUAUUAGCACGUUUGCCCUACCCUACUUUCUCCCCGCCUCUUGCCGUUCCUCUUUUCUAGAAGGUGAUUUGUUUUUGGCUGGAAUUGAUAAUCUUUGUUUUUGGAGCAUCCAUUUAAUUGAUGAUCUUUUAUUGAGGAAUAUCCCUGCGAUUUAAUUUUUUUUCAGACAUGUGAAAUAUAGCCUGUAAACACCAAUAUUGUAUUCUCAGAUCAUUUUAAGAGAUAUACU